AGAAAUUCUCCUGAGAAAUCACCAUCGGUGCGCUUCGAACGAGUGGGUUGACGAACCGCAAAGGUGCCGAAGAAGGAAGGCGAACAGCGCUUUUUCGGAUGCAAGUAUCAUGGGGGGGCGGACAAAAACUGUCUGUCUCUUCAUCGCCGCGUUGGUUUGAUCGCUACCGGCCGCGGUCACGCUCAGGUGAAUGCAGUGGUCCGCUUUGGUGUCGCAUUUGUUGACGCUGCCGUCUGAGUCAGUCCCUCAAAUUCUCUGCUAUAGCCGCACAUUCACCAGUGGUGAAUCACCACAUAACGGGCAUUUUUGAAAUACCGGUUAUUCGGUGGCGCGACCUUUCAUUCUUCGCAUCUGAUUCUCGACAAGCGAGAGAAAGCUCGACUACUUGACGAAGGAUUAUCGAGUGCUGGCUGUACGUCUGUAACUUCUGUUCAUGACGACGACUUUGUUAUAGUCCUACGGUUCCCUUAAAUUUAUUUCAGAGAAGUGAGCGAUGCAGGUGCUGGAAGAGGAGAGCAAGCGAGUGCUGAAGAAGCAGCGGCUUUGUGCAGAACAGAUCGACCGUCAGCUCGAUGAGCUGCUGACACAAGUGGAGACCACCAAGAAGAAGCUUGAGCAACGGCAACAAGAGCUCUGUCGCAAGAAGAACCGCCACCUCGCGACCAGCUCAGCGGGCGAGGGAGAAGAAGGUGACCCGGACAGCAACGGCGAUGAGACACAAACUUCAGCUUCAACUGCGUCUAACGGAGAGGAAGCAGGUUCAAAGACGCCAUGCAAAAUCGAAGUUGUGGAGACUAACGAUGGCGACGUGGCAGUGGAGGAGCAAGAUAACGAGACCGAAUAUAUCGUCAGGGACUUUAUCCGACGUGUGCGACAGCUGAACUUCGAGAAAAACGUGACUAGUGAGCUCAAGCAGAUCCACGUGCUGUUGUCGAAAUACUCCAAGCAGAUCGACAAGAAUCUUUGCACCGAUAUCACGAAGGUGUGUCGGACCAAUGAACUAGACCAAAGCCUCGUGUGUCGGUUAGUGGCAGAGUAUCUGUAUCAGGAUGGCCAAAUCGAGGCAGCGGACUCCAUGUGCAAGGAGGCGGGAUUGGAUCUGCCACCAACGUUUCGUGACUGUUUCAUCGAGCUGCAUCACAUCUUGAAAGCAAUAAAAGAGCGUGACAUGCAACCCGCGCUGGAUUGGGCACGGAGACACCGCAACGACUUAGGACGGCUGGACAUCGACAUUGAGUUUGAGAUUAUUCGACUCAAGUAUGUGGACAUCCUCGAGUCGUCGCCGGAUAUGAUGGACGCUGUUAAUUUCGCCAACAAGGAGCUUCCCUAUUUUCAUCAGACCCACGCUGAAGAGGUGGGUGUGCUGAUGAGCUGUGUGCUGUACAAGGGAAAGUUAGAGGAAUCCCCGUACAAGAAACUAUUUAACGACGGUCGAUGGGAUGAAAUUUACGACGCUGUCAUUCGUGCGUGUUGCUGUCUUCACCGUGUUCCGUACCGAUCCUACCUGGAAACAUGCCUGUCAGCAGGUGUGUCGGCCUUACCUGCGAUGCGAAAACUUGUGUCUGUAAUGAGUAGCAAGCUAGCUGACUGGGGUAAUAUGGACGAACUUCCGGUGGAGAUUCCCAUUGCGAAAGAGCUUCGGUUUCACAACGUGUUUUCCUGUCCAGUCUCUAAGGAAGAAAGUACACCAGAAAACCCUCCAAUUUUGCUGAAAUGCGGUCAUGUCAUUUGUCACUCGUGUGUCAAGCGCUUCUCCUACAACAUGACCCGGCGAUUCAAGUGCCCCACUUGCCCUGUGGAACAAACGGAAAGUGAAACGCGUAAGCUUUUCUUCUAA